AUGCGUGAGGCCCUGGGCAAGCUGCAGCUUAACGACGCCGCUCUGCGGUACGAGCCCGAGGUCAACAACGCCAUGGGCUUCGGCUUCAGAUGCGGCUUCCUGGGGCUGCUGCACAUGGAGAUCGUGCAGGAGCGGCUCGAGCGCGAGUACGAUCUUGACCUGGUCACCACCGCGCCCACCGUGGUCUACCGCGCCCACUGCACCGACGGCACGGAGAAGGUCGUCAACUCGCCAGGUGACCUCCCCGAGGCCACCAAGCGCACCGGCAUCAGCGAGCCCUUCUGCCGCCUGGAGAUGGUCACCCCCAAGGAGUUUGUGGGGCCCCUCAUGGACCUGGCCACGGGGCGGAGGGGCGAGUUCGUGGAGAUGAAGUACCUCACGGACAGCCGCACGACCCUGGUGUUCAACAUCCCCCUGGCCGAGGUGGUGACCGACUACUUUGACCAGCUCAAGAGCCGGUCAAAGGGCUAUGCGUCCAUGGAGUACAAGCUGACCGGCUACCAGAAGAGUGACCUCGUGCUGCUCGAGUUGAAGAUCAAUGGGGAGCCGGCGGAGCCUCUGUCGGUCAUUGUGCACAAGGAUUCGGCAUACAGGACCGGCAAGGCCCUGUGCCUGAAGCUGAAGGAGCUCAUUCCGCGGCAGAUGUUCAAGGUCCCCAUCCAGGCCUACAUCGGGGGCAAGAUCAUCGCAAGCGAGCAGAUCGCGCCCUACCGCAAGGACGUGCUCGCCAAGUGCUAG